UCCGAGAACGAGACAUCGGUUAGCGUAAAUAUCGAAGUGAAAGCUUAACAAUUUCAAUGCUUUUUCCAAUGCAUUGCAACUGCAUUACUUCUAUUGUAGAUAGAAGAUUAAAUCAACACCUUCACGUCAUAACAAGUAGUGUAGUGAAGUGUGUAAACAUAGUUUAAGUAUGAAAUAACGAUGUUGCUCACAUCGCAUGGAAUGUGUGUCAUCCAUGAUUUUGAGGAAGUUGUUUGUUUACUUUUUGUAAUGAGGACGCUAACGAAAAAAAACGAAAAUAUGGAAAUUAAAACGUUAACAUGAUCUCAUUUCAAUGAUUUAUAUAUAAAAAAAUUAUACUUAUAUGAUUUAUAUUUAAUGUGAAAAUGACUCGCACAGAAAUGAAUGUUGUCAUGUAUUUUGAAACAUCCAGCAAACAGAUUUCGGAUAGGGCUGAAACUGAUUGUUUUAAUGGUGGUUUGGCAGUAAAAUAAAAUUAUGGCUAGUGCAAAAAAGUCUAUCAUAGAUAGGUUUAGCCUGGACAGUAGGCAGAAAUCACCAGGGAGUCGUAAAUCCAAAAAGAAUAAGGCAUCCAAAUCCCUCUCCAGGGAACUUACAAAGUCACCGUCUUCCCCAGGCCGUAAAAGAUCUCAGAAAUCAAGCAGUGAUACAAUUGUCACUGAUAUGAGACAUGCAGAUGAAAAAGAAGAAAACAACUUUGAAACAUCUAGUCGGCAGUCUCUCGGAAAGAAUUCAGUUGCUGAUGAUGUUGUACAAGCAACAGGUGAACCAAUGGAAAUAGAUGAGAAACCAGUCCAUGUUGAAAAGCUUGACCCGUCAUUAACUGCAACAUGGAGUAGACCAGAUGAAACACUUAAUUAUAUCAUGAAGACUUCAGAUACAGAUUUACCUGUAUUUGAAUCACCAGAAUACAAUAUUACUACUACUGCUGAAUCUCGAUUUAUAUCAACGACUUCCAUGCGGGUGAAGAAUGUUGAGCAGAAAUUGUCAAAUUCUUCCCCUUUGUCUUCUGUUCCACGAGCAGUGUCUUCCAUAUCUUCCUGCUGCAGUUCAGAUUCCCUUGCUGGGGAAAUGGAGUCAUACAGACUCGGCACUUCCAGAAAUUCUAGCAAUAGCGAUGUUGAUACAAUCAAGAAUACUUCUGAAAUUGACAUAAGUCAAUGUAGCUCAACUAGCACGCCAAUCAAAUUCAGUCUUUUUGAAAAUGACGGGAAAGAUCAUGCCCAAGCGCCAGUUGCCAGAAAACCUCCACCAAAGUUUAGCCUGAUAAAGGAAGUUGCCACUGAAGAACAACUGGACAAUUUAUCUUUGUCAUCAGAUUUCUCACCAACAACAUCAGGAUCUGGUUUUAAGAAUAAUGAAGCACGCAGUAGGCAUGAUGAUUUCAGUGAUGAGAGUGAUUCAUCAAGGAUGAAAGAAAGCUCAGAAUUCAGUGAUGAUCCAGAAUUCCACACCCAUGGCCAUUUUGUCCCCCUGAACAAGCAACUACAGAUAGUGACUUCAAUUGAAAAGCUUCACCGAUCUCCACGUAGAAAGUCUCACUCACCACCGAAGAAUGAUCACAUGCAGUACAACCUUUCCUCAAGGCUUCCAUUUAUCGACUUCAUGAGGAGGAACGGUCUUUCCCUGUAUGUCCACUACCUGCCUUCUGACAUGACGCUCGAGAAAUUCAGAUGUGUGUGUCGACAAGACCUGAUUAGCCGCUACAACAUUGUUGAUCCUCUGCUGUUGGAGCGGAUACUUAAGGCGGUGCGACGGGCACGUGAGGAUCUGGACACAGAUGAAGAGUCUGACCUGGGUUCUGCGGGAUCGGCCCCUCUUUCUCCAGUGGGUCCACGACGCAGCCAUGAUGAGUUCAGUCCGCUUCAGCUACACGGCGGGAUCCGACGACUCCAGAGAACCCUCUCUGAGGACAACAAGCGACGACGGGAAAGUAUGCCCACAACCCCCCUGGGUGCCCCGCCUGGUUUCGGCUUAUCAGGCACCCAUUGUCCACCUGCAUCACCUAGUCCACUUGGGCUUUCUGUUGGUGCCCUGAUUGAGCCGACAAAUCUGAUGAAAAUGAGGAACACGCUUCUCGGCCAGUCUGCCCCCUCCCUGACUGGUGUACCAUUUUCUACUAAAGAGCUCAGCUUUUCCAGAAGAUCCAGCAAUCGUGGUCCCCGGAAGUCAGUGGUCGGGCCCAACAAGUCACCCAUUCUGCAGGCAAGAUGUCCCUCCCCACACUUUUAUGGGAGCAGUCCCCAUGACAGCCCGCGGAACCUCUCACCCAGUACCCAUGGCAACUUCCAGUUCCAGAAUGUCAGAAGGGCGGAUGGUCGUCGUUGGUCGCUGGCCUCUCUGCCUUCUUCUGGAUACGGAACAAACACUCCUGGUGGAUCCAGUGUCUCUUCGCAGUACUCGUCCCAGGAGCGUCUUCACCAGUUGCCGUACCAGCCGACGCAGGAGGAGCUGGGCAACCUGUACAAGCACAUGUCCAGUUACGAGGGUAGCUUGAGUGUUGAUGAAGAUGGCCGCCAAUCGCCCCUUCAGUCCUUCAGGCCACGAUCCCGAAGUCUUAGCAGUCCAGGCCGGUCUCCAGGAGGGGAUUCGGAGAUUAUUCUCAUGAACGGUGUCUACAAGGACCGCUUUCCAAAGGCGACCGCCCAGAUGGAGGAGAGACUUCAACAGUUCCUGGACCACUGUCGCCUCUAUCAGCAUGAAGUGGAGAAAGAUGCCAUUUCUAGCUUCCUACUCCACCAGGUGAUGGAGCUGGCCAAGGAUUGCCUGGACAAGUCAGAGAACAAGCUCAUCACCAGCACAUACUUUUAUGAGCUCUCAGACAGCCUCGAAAAACUCCUCAUAGAUGCUCAAGAGCGUUCAGCGGAAGCGUAUGACCUGAUGUACCCACUCAUCAAGAAGAUCCUCCUGAUAAUCUCACGUCCUUCACGGCUUCUAGAAUGCCUGGAGUUUGAUCCAGAAGAGUUUUACCAGUUGUUGGAGGCUGCGGAGGGGAAGGCCAAACAGUCCAUCAAGGACAUCCCUAGAUACAUCAUCAGCAAACUCGGGCUCAACAGGGACCCUUUAGAAGAACUAGAGAUUGAGAUGUUAGAAAGUGCUGCGAUUGAUGAGAGUAUGAAGGCCGACAUGUCAGCAGUGAUGUCCGAUAUCGAAGAUGCAGCAGAUGGAGGGAGAAAAAAGGAUCGACAACCAUCAGAGGAAGACUUCGAUACGAUAAAACUUAUCAGCAAUGGUGCUUAUGCUGCGGUAUAUCUGGUGCGUCAUAGGGACUCGAAACAAAAGUUUGCCAUGAAAAAGAUUUGCAAGCAGAAUUUGAUUCUGCGUAAUCAGACGGAGCAAGUGUUCACUGAGCGAGACGUUCUCACUUUCGCAGACAAUCCAUUCGUAGUGAGCAUGUGGUGUAGCUUUGAGACUAAGAGACAUCUGUGUAUGGUCAUGGAGUUUGUGGAAGGUGGGGAUUGUGCAACAUUGUUGAAAAACAACGGUGCUCUGCCGUUUGACCUUGCGAGACUGUACUUUGCAGAAACUGUGUUAGCGUUGGAGUACCUUCACAGUUAUGGCAUAGUGCAUCGUGACUUGAAACCCGAUAAUUUGUUGAUUACUGCCACAGGACAUAUCAAACUCACAGACUUUGGAUUAUCUAAGAUCGGGCUUAUGAGUCUUACUACAAACCUGUAUGAAGGCUCGUUGGAUAAGGAUUGUAAACAGUUCAAAGACAAACAAGUGUUUGGAACGCCAGAAUAUGUUGCCCCUGAAGUAAUACUUAGGAAGGGAUAUGGUAAGCCGGUGGACUGGUGGUCGAUGGGGAUUAUCCUGUUUGAGUUUCUUGUGGGUUGUCCCCCUUUCUUUGGAGAUACUCCAGAGGAACUUUUCUCACAAGUCGUCAAUGAGGACAUAGAAUGGCCAGAGGAGGAAGAGUGGGCGGUGAGAGACGACGCAAAGAGCCUCAUCUCACUAAUGCUGCAGCAUAAUCCCUUCAAGAGGCUGGGUGCCGGUGGGGCCCAGGAGGUUAAAGAACACUAUUUCUUUGAUGGGCUUGACUGGGAGGGUCUGUUGAGGCAGAAGGCUGAGUUUGUGCCGAGUCUUGAGGAUGAUGAAGACACAUCAUACUUCGACACUCGUUCAGAACGCUAUAACCAUGAGCUAGACACUGAGGACACAGACCUGGAGGACUCGGAAGAUGUACUGUUUCACAGCUUCUCUUCAAUGUCUCCACGAUUCUCUAAAGUUUAUUCCCGAAUUGAGGAGCUUCAUGAGGAUUUUGGUUCAGAUGCAUCACGUGACCGUCGCCGUCACUCAAGUGCUGAUGAGAUGAGAACCAGACUACUUGAGCGGCAAGCCCUCGAGAGGAAGGACAGUAACCAGUCUACAAGCUCAGAGAACUCCCUCGAGCUCCAGUCAUACCUGUCUCACGCUCCAGGGCCAGGACAGUCAGGCAACCAUCGGGAACGCGCCCUCUCUGACACGACAGAUACCAAGCCAGAACAUGGGAGCUCUAAAGAGCCAUCUACCAAGACAGCAGAUGAGGAGGAUGUUUUUAGUAGUGCUGAAAGUACUCCAAGGUCAAGCAUCAGUGUACAAGGCACGAUGUCGACAUCGACCUCCGAUUCAUCGCAGAACGAGAGUGAUUCAUCACCGCUAGUCACAAAGAGAAUCGUGCGAUCGUCCAUCCACAUACCCCACCCUUCCAUUCCCAAGCUUGCCGUGUCCUCUGAUGAUGACCACAAGUCUCUUGAGCUAUCUCCUGUGGAUGAACAUCGUGAAAAAGUCAAAAAGGGGGACUUGAAGGUCAUGCAGAAAUCUGUGUCAGCAAACGCUCUCACUCUCCUGAUACACGCACCUGGUGACUUCAGUAACCAGCCUGCUGACUCGCCAUGUUCCAGCACGAGCUCGCGAGAUGGGUCCCCCUCCCGGGAUAUGUCACCCCUCGCAAAGACCCUUAAACCCCCUAUUGUGAUCAGAAAGGGGCCACGUGGGUAUGGGUUUACUCUGAAGGCCAUCAGAGUGUACCUUGGAGAGACGAACACAUAUAAUUUACAGCAUAUUGUAACGGCUGUAGAGGACAACAGCCCGGCAUUUGAGUCAGGCCUGCGCCCGGGUGAUUUACUGACCCACAUAAACGAGGAGCCGAUACACUCACUUCUCCACACACACGUUGUACAGCUCAUACUGAAGGGGAAGGGAGAGCUGAGAAUAAGGGCUGUGCCCCUCGAGGGCUCCUCCAUACAAACUGGUGCUAAAAAGAGGAGUCCUGGAAAAAUGGCAAGACGUUCCAAGAAAAAAGGAGGCAGAGAGAAAACUGGCGAGAAGAAGAAGAGUAGAUCUCUAUUUCGUCGGCUGAGCACAAAGCGUGCAGAACAGUCAGGUCAUGUGGCCAGUCAACUGAGCCAAUGUUCACCAUUGACCCCGAGUAGUGCAUAUAGAGGCGGCAAUAGUCCAUUCAGUAAAUCAUGGUCGUUUGGGGACACUUCUGCUGUGACAUUCAAACCAGGAAUACAAUCGUCUCCACUUUCAAUGACAUGGUCUCCAGAAUCUGGUCACACCUCCUCAAACAGUAGUUCUCCAAAUUCCAGUUCACCCAACUCUCCCGCAGCACAGGCCCACUCCCAGAAUUACGGGCGACCGAGCACACUGACCGGCUUAAAACACAAACGAGCACAGAGUCUCAAGUCGCCUUGCCGCAGGAAAUCAGUUCACAACAUUCCGCUGUCACCACUUGCCCGGACCCCCUCCCCCUCCCCGAUGCCCGUGUCUCCCACUCGGAGCCCCAGCCCUCUUGCCUUUACCCAAGGCCACCAAGUUGGCGCAUCGCACCAGCCACAGAAAACAAUUCCCGGCCAUCUCCUCCAAGGUUCUGGGUCAGCUGGGAUAGCAAAGCGCCCAUCUUUCUCAAAACCUCGCUCAGAACAAAGUGGUUCACCGCUGUUACGUAGAGCUCUCUCCCCCGAUAGACUCUUGCAUCCAAACUCGGCUGAGAAGCAUCGGAAAUCCUCCCUGCAAGAACAUAAAAGCAAGUCGCUGGAUCCACCGUGAGUUAGGAGUACUCAAAGCCAUCCUUUGUAUAUAGAACUUGUAUAUAAUUGUAUAUUUAUUUUAAUUUAUCACAUCAUUUGCUUUAUUUACUUCGAAGUGCUCAGAAUUUUUGUGUGUUGUUUUGUGUUUACAUUAUUUUGAAUGUGUAGCUUAGUGCUUGCUUCAGAAAAGAAAUAUGUCUUUCAAAAAUUGCUGUUACUUGACCAAGUUACAGUAUGAAUGAAAUGGGUCUUACGAAUUGUGAUGAAACAUAUCUGCCUUUUCUCACGUAACUUUACCUGUCAGGUUUUGUUGUUAACAAUGAAGAAAAUAUCACCUGUAGAGAGGAACGUAUGGUUAAUCAUGACUGACAAGAAAAUGGCAUUACAAUUCUGUUCUUGCAUGUGGAAAGCAAAACGGUUUAUACAUAGAUAUUGGUUUAUAUCAAGUCGUCAAUUGUUGCGGUCAUAUACAUAUACAUUUAAAACAGAAUUAAUAGUGAUUUUUUUCUAAGAUCACUAGAAAAUAUCACUAUCAAGAACUUCAGUAUGCGUUUAUAUUUAUAACACGUCUUAGUCAAUAUAGUGUUUGUUAUGUUGUUAAUAUGUUGAAUUGUAUAAAUAAGUUCAGUUUUUUGUUAUUUUGUAAUCACCCAUGUUCGUAAAUCACUAUAGUUUGUACAAAUUGUAAAUAGGGCAAAUAGUAAAUAUUGCUGUAAAUAUUGUUCACUGUAAAUAAUGUCUGAAUGUCCCUUUGAAAUUGUGCAUUUAGUGUAAGAAAAGCCUGGUUAUAUGUCUUACAAGAAUUGAUGUUCGCAGAAUAUCACUUUAAUUUUGUAUUUGAAUCUUAGACAUUAUAUUUAACCAAGCCUUAAGUAAGGUCUUAGUAUUUUUUUUAGUUUCUCAUUUCUCAUUUCUGGUAAAAUAAAACUCCACCCUGAUGUUUUUUUAUCUAACAAAUAUUUGGGGGAAAUUGGAUAAUUUGGAAAACACGGCAUCAAAAUUGAACGUACAGCAAGCUUUUGAGCUUAUAAAUAUAAAUUAAAAAAAAACAUGCUGGUUAUAUUUCGGAAUGAGAAUCUAAAAAAAUGAAGUCUGGCCUUCGGAUGGAAUAUUUAUUAUUCAAUACUAAAGGAAGAUUGGUCUCUGGUUCACCACACCAGUUGGUUUUUGUUACAUUAUGAACGUGUCUGUGAUAAUUUUCAAAUUACUGUGUUCACAUAAUUUAACUAAAUGUUAUCUUUUUCUGUGUAUUUCUUUAUAGAUACUAUUGAAGUUUAUCACUGGAUUUUUUUCUGAUUAUGUGCAAAAUAAAUAUUUUAUUGUUAAUUGUUCAUUUGAUGUUUUUCUCAGUUCAGUAAGUUUAGAGAAAUCAUCUGUAUUUACCACUGAGGAUUAUUUGCCUCAAUACCCUUAUUAGAUUAUGUACAAAAGAACAUUUGGUGUUGAAUUGCGGAAUUAACAGUUUGAAAUUUUCUUUUUAAGAAAGUUUAUAACAGAGUUGUUAAGAACAAGAUGAAUUCACAUAUAAGCAAGAAAUGUGUUCUUAUAGAUAUAGUUAGUAUAGUCUAGAACAUGCUGGGAAAGAAGUUAAGUACGACUGUAUGUAGAUUCAUGUUUGUAUGUAUGUACUGCUGUAAUGUACAUGUAGGUAGACGUGUGUAUAUAUCACUGUUCUGUCCAUGUACAUGCAGAAACACAUGUGUAUAUAUCAGUGUAACAUACAUGCAGAUACAUGUGUGUAUAUAUUGCUGUAAUGUACAUGUAGAUACACAUGUGUAUAUAUCGCUGUAACGUACAUGUAGAUAUACAUGUGUGUAUAUGGGUGUAACGUACAUUCAGAUACAAGUGUGUAUAUAUUGGUGUAACGUACAUGUUGAUACACGUGUGUAUAUAUCUGUGUAACAUACAUGUAGAUAUGCGUGUGUGUAUAUCGGUGUAACGUACAUGCAGACAUGUAGAUACACGUGUGUAUAUAUCCGUGUAACGUACAUGCAGAUACAUGUGUGUAUAUAUUGCUGUAACGUACAUGUAGAUACACGUAUGUAUAUAUCGGUGUAACGUACAUGUAGAUACACGUGUGUAUAUAUCGCUGUAACGUACAUGUAGAUACACCUGUAAAUAUAUCGCUGUAACCUACAUGUAGAUACACAAAUGUAUAUGUCGCUGUAACGUAAAUGUAGAUACACACAUGUAUAUGUCGCUGUAACGUACAUGUAGAUACACAUAUAACGUACCUGUAGAUACACACAUGUAUAUAUCGCUGUAACAUACAUGUAGAUACACACAUGUAUAUAUCGCUGUAACAUACAUGUAGAUACACACAUGUAUAUAUCCCUGUUAUGUGCAUGUAGAUACACAUGCAUAUAUACUGCAGUUAGAUGCAUGUCAUGACCUAUCGCUGCUAGGUUCAUGUACCCUCCUAUGUGUAUGUAUGUAGUGCAGAGUUGUUCUUGUUUUAAGUCUAUCUGUAAAAUGUCAGCUUAAAAUGUUCUCUUUGCAUUUUCAAAUUCAGAUGUUGGUGUUGUUGCUGAAUGUUUGUAUACAUGUAUGUCACUUUUGCUGAUGGUGAAGUUGCCGGCCUUUUGCAGUGUUAAACUUUGCUGCUCCGUACAAAUUGCUUGCUAUAUCAAGUUUAUAUUUCAAGUGCUUACAAUGCAUUCUCAGGAUAGGCAUAUAUAUGUUGUAACAAUAGAUAUUUUUGUACUUUGUUAAAUAUGGGUAUCAUCUGUUGAAUGUGAGUUGAUGACCUCGAGCCAUUUCCCAUAAAUCCAUAAUACAUCUAAAAGAACUGAAACAAAUAUUGAAUAAUCUUUAUUUUAGGUCAUUAGUUUACAUAUAAUAAGCAGAUCAAGAAAUCUUCCUAGGUCAUUUAGUUCAAAGAAAAAUCAUCUUAAACUGUUUCGAAGAAAAAACAUCUGAAACUUGUUCUAAGAAAUAGUUUCCAACUUGUUCCAAGAAAAAAAACAUAUUAAAAUUGUUAUUAGAAAAUUCAUCUUAAACAUCUGUCUAUAUUAGAGGGGAUAUUCUGAUGAGUUUAUUUGUACUAAAAAGAAACUCAGCUUUUAUAUCUCUCCGGUCAACCCAGUUAUUUCUAUUUGCUGUAAAACCAAUGUUCUCUCUGGUUGUUAGUAUUACAGUUCAGUUACUUUUUACAUGGAGAUUGAAUACAUGUAUCAUGUACGUAUUCUUUAUCUAUGUAUCACAAUAACUAAUUGAAUAAGCUUUAUGAAAAAAAUACUAAACAGGAUGACAAUAUUGUUUUCAUUUUGGGGUCACCAUUUUGACUGGUAUAAACUACAUUUCAUGGCUUAGUAAUCUGCGUUAAUUGUGUUGUUGUUUUCUUCUUUUUUAUUAUUUGUCAUUUUAUAUAUUUAAUAAAUUCGUCGGUGGUGCUGAGCUGACAAAAAUGUU